AUGGCCCCCCCCUCCACCAUAAUCACAAAGCUCAAAGUGGCGCUGAAGCUCUCCGUCUCGCGCCUGCGCAUGGUGCAGCAGCGCGAGACCGCCCUCGCAAAGGUCAACCGCCGCCAGAUGGCACAGCUGCUCGAGCAGGGCAAGGAAGAGUCGGCGCGCAUCCGCGUCGAGAACAUCAUCCGCCAGGACAUCUCGGUCGAGCUCAUGGAGAUCCUAGAGCUGUACUGUGAGCUGCUACUGGCGAGGGUGCAGCUGAUGGAGGCAAAGGAGUGCGACCCCGGCCUCGAAGAGGCCAUCAAAAGCAUCAUCUACGCCGCGCCCCGCACCGAGAUCAAAGAGCUACACCAAGCGCGGCAGCUCCUCGUCGAGAAAUACGGUAAAGAGUUUGCCCUCGCCGCCAUCGAAAACACAGACAACAAAGUCGGCGACCGCGUGCUCAAGAAGCUGCGCGUCGAGCCGCCGUCGGAGACGCUCGUCACGCUGUAUCUGAAGGAGAUUGCGCGCACGUAUAAUAUUGCGUGGGGGCGGAGCCCGCCGACUUCCCCGCCGCUGCCGCCGGCAGAUGAUGAUGAUGAGCCGAGCUCGGCGGAGGCGGUGGCGCUCGGCGAUGCGGAGCUGGCGCCGCCGAGGACGAUGAGGGGGCCCGUCAAUGUGGCGCCGCCGUCGCCGACGACCGAGAAUGUGCAUCCGACGAUUAAGGUUCCGGGAACGACGACGGCGCCGGUGGUGGGGAAGAAGGCGCCGGUGGUGGCGGCGGCGGCGGCGAAGAAGAAGAAGAAUCCGCUGGAUGAUGAUGAUCUGGCGGCGAGGUUUGCUGCGCUGAAAAGACAUAGGACUCCUACUACUUCUGCUACUACUACUUCUGUUACUGCUGCUACUACUCUUUCUACUGCUGCUUCUUCUACUGCUUCCACGUCCACAUCCACACCCAAGUCCAAAAUACCCCCCCGGACCGCCGCCCCACGUGCUAAAAGACCCACUCUCACCCCCACCACCCGCACGCCAAAAAGGAAAGCACGCAACCUCUCAAAGCCGCUCAGAGUGCUACUACUGUUGUUUGUGCUCGGGCUCGCAGCGUAUUUAUACCUCCAGCGUAGUGACAGUAACGUGGUGCCGUUCGAUUACUACAAGGGAGUGAGUGUGAGUACUGGAACUUUGGGGAAGGAAAGGCAGAGGGAGAGGCAGAGGGAGGUGUGUCCGGUGCCGAAGAUGGAGCUUGCGGUGGGUCCUGGGGUGGUGCGCGGUGUGGGUAAGGAUGGGGCUGGGGCUGGGAAGGGGGAGGGGGAGGGGGAGUGGGAGUGGUUUGUGACGACGGGGAGGAGGUGGAGGAACUUUAGGGAGUUGGUGGGGUAG